ACCGUUACUGGUAGUACACGCUUUUGUAGUAAAGGGCAACAGUCUUAUCGUUAAAAGCCAAGCUAAGAAAAACACCUCUUUAAAACCUUUGUUAAGACUAGUGUUUGCAUGUGUAACUCCCAGCCUGUAAUCCCACAGCCACUCAUGGACACUUGCUCCAUGCUAGCUCUGGUAUUCUUAGUAAGACCAUUAUAAGGAUGAUGAUUUUCCACAUGUCUGUGCGCUCCAAUCCCGUAUUACGGAAAACCAAUCUGGCUGUGUGGAGAGCAUGGAGGUCAUGGAAGUUAAGCCUGCGUUCUUCUACUCUUGGUGCAUCCUCUGGUCCUGGUCCCUGGAACGGAUCUGAAGAGCUGUCCUCUGUUUCAACUGAAAAUCCUCCUCACACGCCUGUCAUGCUCAAAGAGGUGCUUCAUUACUUAGACAUCCAACCUGGUCAGGUGGUCCUGGACAUGACAUUUGGAGGUGGUGGUCAUACCAAAGCAAUACUGAAUAUGGUUCCUGAAGUUACAGUCCUGGCCUUAGACCGAGAUCCUACAGCAAUUUCUCUGGCCCAGCAGUUAGCCAAGGAACACCCUGGUCGCGUGAAACCAUUGCUUGGCCGAUUCAGCGAGCUUGAGGCCCAGCUGUCUAACAUGAAAGUUCAGCCAGGCAGUAUUGAUGCUGUCCUGUUGGAUGCUGGCUGCUCCUCCAUGCAGAUGGAUCAGGCGGAGAGAGGCUUCUCCCUCAGCAAAGAUGGGCCCUUGGAUAUGAGGAUGGAUGGAGAGAGGUACCUCGACAUGCCCUGCGCUGCUGACGUUGUGAAUACCUUAGAUCAACAGGCUCUUGCAUCCAUCCUCACUGCAUAUGGGGAGGAAAGACUCGCCAGGAAAAUAGCUUCAGCCAUUGUGGAGGCACGCCGUGUCAACCCCAUUACCCGGACACAGCAGCUGGCCAGCGUGGUGGCAGGAGCGUUUCCUGCUGCUGUUGUCUAUGCACGUAAAGACCGACUUCACCGACCUGCACAUGUGGCCACUAAAACUUUCCAAGCUUUGCGUAUCCUUGUGAAUGAUGAGCUGAACGAACUACACGCAGGCCUGCGUGCUGCCCAGGCAGUACUGAGAACUGGAGGACGUCUCUGCGUAAUCACCUUUCACUCACUAGAAGACAGACUGGUCAAACGUUUCCUCCAGGGAGAUGACUUGUCUAAUCUAGAUCAGUAUCACUUCAGCCCGAGGAAGCAAGGCACCAGGAAAGAAAAACUGUUGGGUGAAAAAAGAGAUGGUGGAAGUGUUUAUUGGCUUCCUUUGCGACGAAAAGUGAUCACCCCAGAAAAGGAUGAUGUAAAAGAAAAUCCUCGAGGACGCUCCGCUAAACUCAGAGCAGCCCUCAGAUGUUAAUUAUGCGACGUUAAUUUUGAGAAAAAAGACAAUCUCCCUCAUUUCAUCAAAAUGUUCGAGCUUUUUUACAGCCUGAGUAACUUUUUACAGGUAAUACUUAACACAAGUUGAGCAAAGGGUGUAAUGUAGAAACAUAGUAACUCUCCCCUGCAUUUGUCUGCUGUGGAUGCUUUUGUGUCUUUAUUAAUCCUCAAUGUAGAUUUCCGUUUUAGGUACACCAAAAAAAUCUGAUAUUUACACUUUCUAUCUCGAGCCCACUACAACAGAGACUCAUGGUUUAAUCCUGGCAGCGGUACCUCUAGCUCGGUCGUUUGUUCCAGUGAACACAACUGGCUGUAUUUGCUGGUGGGAAGCCAGUGAGGGUUGUCAUCCUUGAUGCUGCAUUAGUGACUCCUACUGGUUGGUUAGGACACUGCACAUUAGAGAUGAGUGGACUCUGGGCAAAGGAAAGAAAUAACCUCCCAGACAAUAUGCUCACUAGUAGAAGAUUUUUUUUUUUUUUCAUUGGCAGGUAAAAAAGAAUUUACUGGCGAUAUCAUGUGUCACAAGCGUAGCAUAUUUCUGCAGUCCUGUCCAGGAUAACAGUAGAGUUUGCAGUGAAAAAGACUGCUGUGCAUGGAAAACUCGACAUUCCAAAUUGGAAUAACACAAGGAUAAUAAACAUCUGUGUGUGUGUGUGUGUGUGUGUGUGUGUGUGUGUGUGUGUGUGUGUGUGUGUGUGUGUGUGUGUGUAACAAAAUAAUCUAAACUCAAAGGUCUACUAACUAGCUUUCAGAGCUUUCAGUUGCAUCUCAUUGUCUUCAUUCAGUGAAUUGAGCUGGUUCAACUGUCAUCCGGGACCUUUUUGUGGAACUUUGGUCAUUUAAUAUAGCAUUUUUCCACAUGUAGGUUACUUAUUGCCACUGAAUGAAGACCAUCAGAUGCAGUUGAGAGCUCUGAAAACUGGUAAGUGGACCUGUGAUCCAAGAUUAUUUUGCAAAAUAUAGUUUUCCCAAAGGUCAAGAAUGAACUUCCAUGCUUUGAAAAAAAUGUACAAUUUAAAUCAUGAAUCAAAUGAAGACACAGUAGCAAUUAGAAGAAGCCAAUUGUUUUUACAGUUUAAUGUAUAUACUUGAAAUUUCUUACUGAAUUAGGAGGUUGGCACUUCCAAAUCCCAGUCUUGCCGGGCAGCAGUCUGUCUUUCUUUCACUUUGCCUUAACACUGAAAAACUUUUCACACUCAAGUGAGAGCCACAACUUGUGAACACAAAAUUUAUACGAAAGCUGGUUAAAGUUUGAGGUGUCAUGGAAAAAUAUAAAUGAGGUUAAAAACUUUCAAUGCCCAAAUAAAAGUAUGUGACUCUUUUUGUAUUUGUUGCCUGUUGUUGUGUUAUUUGCCUUUAGUAUUAUAAAAUAAACAGAAAGUGACGUUUCUCUCAGUUCCAUUCAUGACACAAGUGUAUUAAAGCUGUUAUCACUCCAAUUUUACAUUACAAAGACCUUUGAUUUGAUACAGCACUGUAAUGGUCCUGUACAAUACCAUGUUUGAAGUGACAAGUUUGAGUUAACACACUUUGAUGGAUUUGUAUGAAGAAAAGACAUUUCUACACUGAAGAUUUUUAACUCGAAUUUCUUUGUUCUUUUCUAAUAUAUUUGAUUUUUUUGCAUUGCUACUGUUUGACAGCAUUUUAGGUGGUUAUUGCAGCUAGAAAGCUCAACAUAUAAGGCAAAGAAAAAAAACCAAACACCUUUCCCCAUUGACGUCUGUAUUUCCCCUGAACCUCCCUUGAUGAGUAGCUCACGUGAAACCUCUACUGUACCAUAUGAAUCAGUAAUGCCACUAAAUACUGAAUGACGCAAGUGUCAGAAGUGGUGCUGAAUGAGCUGGGUGGUUGUUCUUGAGCAUUCUCUCACCUUCGACUGUAAGCAGAUGAGGUGUUUUGAUCUUUACUAUUUGACUUUGACUAAUUGUAACUGCUCCAUCAAGAUUAUUAACACUUUUUUCUUCUAGCUCAGUUUAGUGCACUCUAAAUAUACAAUUCUCGUUACCUUGGAAACUAAAUGGUGCAAGUAACAUUUAACUGUGCCUAAAAUUAUAUGCUGCUUUAAUCUAAUAUGAAGUGAUACCGUAUGAGUUUGAACGUCCCUCCCUUUUGACAUCAGUGGAUAUCAGUUAAUGCAAAUUAUCGUCCCUGUUGACGAAGUAUGUCAUGACAUUUGAUCUUUUGAAUACCUUGUUUCUAUUUCAUUGCUUUAAAAAUCUUUACUGAAUCACACUGUUUACCAUGUAUCAGGAGGUGUACAUGGGUAAGAAAAUAAAGAAAAUGUUACUCACCACUUCAUUUCACACUGACGCGUGACUGUUCAUAUAAAUGAAAAGUAAUAAAGAAACAUGGGGGACAUGUCCACUUUCCAAGUGAACAUGUUCUUAAUGGACAGUGUUUUUCUGAAAGAUUCAAACUCGACAUUUUUAAGUGGUCUUUUGCAAUACCACCAUUUUACCUGGUAUGCAAGAUUUUAUGUCAUAUUGACAUGUGCUUGUGUGUGCGUUUGUUUUAAUACAAUCCUCUGAACACUAAAUCAGAAUCUACAGAUUAUACUCACCAAGUGAGCAAUGAUGAGAUUAGGAUGAUGUCUAAAUUUCAGAUUUCAUUUGAAUAUUUCAGAAUAAAUGUGGUAAAUAACUGUCUUGUAACUGUUAAAUGUUUAUUAUAGUGUUGAUUUUAAUGAGUCAUUAAGAAGGUGCUUACAGUUCAAUACAUGGGGUAUAGGCAUGUGUUAGUGGAAUGUAACUACAUACAUUUACUCAAGUACUGUACUCAAAGGGGAACAUUGAUUUUACACAUCAAAGUCUGUUU